AUGUCCGUCUUCGGAGCCGCUCCUCAGCAGAAUAGCACGCCAUCGCUGUUUGGUGGAGGCCAACAGUCUGGAUCCGUCUUUGGCGGCGGCAACCAGCAACAACAACAACAACAACAGCCGACGUCGACCUUUGGCCAAACAAGCACGCAGUCGCAGCCGGCCGCAGGUGGUGGUCUGUUUGGCCAAAACAACGCUGCGGCAGGGGCCAACACUGGACUUUUCGGCGCAACAAACACAAACAAUGCGUCCAAUGGUACUGGGAUGUUUGGGUCCAACAACGCGACAGCGGGUUCGGGAACGGGUACAGGUCUUUUCGGGUCUACGAACGCGAACACGAACGCUGGCGGCGGCUUAUUCGGCUCGAAUACCGCGAAUACUGGCAACAAUGCUGGAGGCGCGGGCACUGGCCUCUUUGGGUCGACAAACAACAACGCCGGCACUGGCGCUGGCACCGGACUAUUCGGGGCCUCUAACAACACAAAUGCGAAUACCGGUGGUAUUUUUGGUUCAACAAAUGGCACCAAUGCAGGAGGCGGACUAUUUGGCAACAAAAGUACGGUCACCGGCGGCGGAGGUCUUUUUGGACAGUCUCAGCCUCAACAAACAUCUGCCUUUGGCGGCACCUCAGCAUUUGGCCAGUCGCAACAGAAGCCGGGUCUCUUUGGUGCCUCGACCAUGGCCUCAGCACCGUCUGUCCAGAUGGCGACGCCAACCAGCGGGCCGCCGCCAUUUGUGAAGGCUACCAAGUUCAACGAUCUACCGGACGCGUUGAAGAAAACUUUCGAAGAUAUUGAGGCGCAUAUCCAGGGGCGUGUACAAAUCGGCAAUGAACUCAAACAGCGCAAACUCGGCGAGGAGGCAGCGAAAGGGCAAGACACUAUCCGUUCCGUUCACAAGGACAUGGCGAACGUCGUGGCAACAUUACAAACCGAUAUCACAAGUACGCGCGAGCUGCGUGCUCGCGUUGACCAGACUGUACAGGACACCAUCGCGGCUACCCAGAUUAUCGACGGUUUCCGCAAUCCCCAGCAGCAUGGCGCGCACCUGAAGACGCGGGCUGGUUUCCCCUUCGAGUACUUCUCGCGGAUAACUGAUGAGAUGCGUGAGCGAUUGCAGUGGUAUAAGGCUACGCUUGAACAAAUCGAGCGCAAGCUCACAUCCAGCGCCCAAGCUGCUCAAUUCACACCUCAAAUUAUUGUGGCGACACUUGAGGCACAGAACUCAUCCUUCCUCGCUCUCGCCGAGCGCGUUGCUGGCAUCGAUGCGGACCUACAACGAUUGAAGGGUGUUUACACACAGCUGUGGCGACAGCAGACAGGAAGCACGCGUGACCCCUUCAACACUCUUGAUCGCGGGACGGGUGAUGAGUUUGGUAUCGAUAGCCUCUACCGCAAGGCGUGA